AUGCAUCCAAGCGCCCUUAUUGGUCUGCUUGCCUUCGCGGCAGCAGUCCCUGCGUUGCCUGAGAAGCGCAGUGAAGAUGUCCAUUCGGCGGCGUCUAUCGAGAACUUGAAGAGCAAGAUUAAGAAUGUGGUCAUCCUGGAAAUGGAGAACCGGUCGCUCGACAACGUCCUCGGCGGUCAGAAGCUCAAAGGGUUAGACAAUCCCAUCAACAACGGGCCCUUCUGCAACCCGUACGAUCUCUACGAUCCGUCCAAGGGGGAGGUAUGCAGCGAGGCCAAGGACUAUGACUCCAUUCUUGAUGAUCCGGACCACUCGGUAACCGGCAACAACAUCGAGUUCUACGGUGAAUUCGUCCCAAACAACGCCCAUAUUGCCUCGGGAGAGCUUACCCCGAACCAGAAGGGGUUUGUGCACGAGCAACUGCGCCAGCAUGGAAAUGAUGCCAACAAGACCAACCUGGCGAAACAGGUCAUCAACUACUACACCGAGGAUGAGGUGCCUGUUUUGACCGCACUGGUGCAGAACUACCUGACUUUCAACCAUUGGCACUCGGAUGUCCCCGGGCCCACCAACCCGAACCGCGCCUAUGUUCUCUCCGGGACAUCUGCCGGCCACGGUAUUAAUGACGCGUCUUUCAAUACCGACGUUCACGCGCACAAGCAGCGGUCAAUCUUCCAGCAGCUGGGCGAGACCGGACACACCUGGAAGAACUAUUACACGAACAGGGGAAUGAUCGAUGCUUACUUCUUCGACUGGACCUUCACCAGCGGCAACACCGACAAGGCUCAGCCCCUUGAAAGCUUCUACGCCGAUGCAGCCGCCGGGAAGCUGCCCGAGUUUACGUUCAUCGACCCGUCCUGCUGCGACAGCGGCACCAACUCCAUGCACCCGACGGGCCUGAUCUCCAAAGGUGAGGCUCUGAUCAAGGAUGUGUAUGAUGCGCUACGAGCCAGCCCCCAGUGGGAGGAGACCUUGUUUAUCUUGACGUUCGACGAGACUGGCGGAUUCCACGACCACGUGCCGCCGCCGCUUGCCGUUCGACCCGACAACCUGACCUACACUGAGACUGCGCCCAACGGUCAAAGGUACACGUUUGAAUUCGAUCGCCUUGGGGGGCGUAUCCCAACCCUGUUGAUCUCCCCCUUCGUUGCCAAGGCUCAGGUCGAGCAGAAGGGUAUCAACACUGACGGCGAGACCGUGUCAUACUCGGCUUCGUCAAUCCUCCGCACGCUGGGCUAUCUUUGGGACUUUGAGCCCUUCACCCCGCGUGUACAGGCGGCUGCCUCGUUCGAACAUCUGAUUCAGAGUACGAAGCGCACCGACACGCCUACUGAACUGCCGGUGCCCAAGGCCUUCGAGCGGAAGGUCUUGUCUCGCUUGUCUUUAUAG